CACUUCGUCUUGGAUCGCAUCAUUCCUGUCAAAAACUCGCGCAAGGGAACACGUAAUUUGCUUGAUUUUUCGAUCAAUGAUCAUUGUUAUUGUUUGUGAACGGUACAAUGUAUAAAACGUAGAGUCAACGCGGCUGCUCGCACCGCUGAUAUUGUGUUCCUACGAAAAUAUUAUUGUGCAAUACACCCGGUGUACAUUCGCAGUCGUUAGGUGAAACAGUCCGAUCCUGUAUUGGAUUUUGCAAAUCGUAUCUCGUAGCAAGGUCGUGACUUUUGAGACCAAAAUCUAGAUUGUUUAGUGAACUGAUGUGUGCUCCCGUCGUUUACAACAUUUUAGUGGAUUAUUUAGUGUUGUGACAGUGAAAAGAAAACUCAAAAAAUGGGUACCACAGGACUGACUCUGGCAGAUUUGCCAAAUAUUUUUAUUAUGAUCGGCGCUCUCGUGGCGCUUUUCGUAAUGUUAGUCAUUCUACUCAGGAACAUGGAGGUGAUAGGCAUAGUGGGCGAGGGUCGCGAAGACGCCUGGGCCCGCACCAUGCAGCCACCCAGACUCCUCAUGCAGAGGGUGCACAUACCAUUCACUUUUAAGGUGCAGGAGAACGCACCAAUAGGAUAUAAUGGUGUAAACUGCUGCGUGUCCUCAACAGUAAGGUACUGGCACGCGAGCUGGUGGGGGGCUCCAGUGCGGGAGCUGCACAGGACGCUGUGGGGCUCAUUAGCAGAGAUCCUAGCCUCUAGUAACUUCAAUUUCACAAAAAGCAGCCCUCACGAUGAGAAGACAUUGAGGCUAUCAACGGAGGAGCCACUCCAGCUGGGGCCACCUCCUCGGUCCUGUUACCCUCUGGUGGUGAUCUUGGCGCGAGAUCUCCGAGACACAGGGGAACUCAGGCCUGAUGAUACGGUGGCGUUAAUAAGCGUAGUGCACAUCAGAGACGACCAGUGCCCGCUGCCGAGCGGUGUGAUCGCGCAGUACUUGAAGCAGGCGAACGGACAUCUGUCCUGUUUGAAGCAACUGUACGUGAGCGGCGAGUGCGGCGGUCCGGCGGAGGGGUACGGCGCGGCGCACGGCGCGGCCGACGCGCUGUGCUGCGUGUGCGCCGCGCACCCACUGUCGCGGGCACUGCUGCCCUGUCGACACGCCUGUCUCUGUGCCGACUGUCUGCCGAAACUGGACAAGUGUCCGAUCUGCCGCAGCGUGAUCACGAGCUACUUCUGCAUCCGCAACGACGACGAGCGCGACCUCACCGAGCUCAAGCAGCAGCGGUUCUUCAACCGGCGGCUCUUCAACCUCUUCCACUACCACUAGCCAGGUGACGCAAAGCAGUGACUGAAGAUUAGACGUGGAAGUCCCGUAGUGACAUAUUACGACUUACCACGCGUACCAACCGUGUGAUAAUAUAAAAUAUUAAUUAAAAACAAUCCUCGACUGAUAACAGGAAUAUAAGUUAAAACUACGUAAAAAAAAACUAAUAUUAUUAACAAUGAACCUUAAAAGACAAUUUUAGAAAUUAAAGUGAAAUUUUAUGUGAUUAUAAUACGUGGAUGAGUGAAUUAAUGGAGUGCUGUGCGUAAAUGAUCGACGUUUGCUGUAACUCUCUUCGAGGACUGAGAUAAGUAUUCCAGUGUUUAAUAGAAGCUGGUGGAAAAUUCUCGGCGAUGUUAGUACUCUGGACGUUAAUCAAUCUGUUACAUUUCUGGUUGACUGGUCAAUUUCUUUGUUUGUGAAUUAUUAUUAUGUGAUAUGCAAUAGAAUUUGAUUUUAAAUCUUACCUUAUUAGUGAAAUUCUGAUUAGAAAUCUAAUUGUAGGAAAAAAAAAUUAUAACUUGAAAUUCCUUGUUUUGUGUCGUUGUACGGCUUACUCACUUAACUGGACCCUUAUACGAGUUUGCUUUACGUUUAAAGUAAUCGAACCGAGAGCGCGUUCUGCGCUCUGAUUGGCCGGCUUGAAUAAACCUACCAAUCAUAGCUCUAAUCCAAGGGUACGGAACUUAUACUGCUUUAGUUUCUCUAAGUCUUCGUUAGAGGCGCUGCUUAUUUAUGAAUGAAAACGUUUCGAAAGGACGUAACGUUUGCUGUCAAAACUCAUACUAAGUGUACAGAACAAUAUGGCGCCUUACUCGCCGUUAUAGGCCUCUAGCGUGUCUUGUAGUGAGUGAGUAAGCCAUACAAAAAAAUUAAUCAAAACACAAAAAUAACUUUACAAAAAAAUCACAAUAAAGAAAAUUGCUUAUUAAUUCUCUAUGCAAUUUGUCAAUUGAAAAAAAUAUUACUUAUUCAUCUUCCUCUAUGCAAUAUAAUUUAAAUUAAAUAUAACUCAAAGUUAUAUGUUUAAUUCAUUAUUUUAUUAUCAUUAUUAUAUGUAUUCCGUUAUGUGCAAUAUUCAAAUAUUAUUUACUUGGCAUGAGGCUUUUUAUUCAUACUUUAAAUUGUCAUUAUUUAAAUACAAUAUUUAUAUAACAAAUUAUAGUUAUCUCAUGUCUAAUAGGUAUGUCCAAAAUGGGUGUUACACCUAAAAUUUAUAUUUGAUUUGACUUUCAUUUACAUUAAAAUAAUUUCUGUGAUUAUAAAAAAAAGAAAAAUAUUUUUGUUUUAUAAGAUAAAUAUUUAUUUGCUUUCUAAAAAGACUCCUUGACUAUAAACAUGUAAGGGCUAUUAUUAUUUGUCAGACAUGAUAUGAUUCAAGACGAUACUAAAAUACAUACAUUGCAUGUAGUUUAACAGUUUUAUGUUUAAAAAUACAUAACAUCACAUCACGUCGGUAAUAAAAAGGUUGGCAACCAUGAGUUUCUAGUGUGAUCCUCGAUUUGGGAAAAUCAAUGUCAAAAUUCUCGGUAGACAUCAUGAAGUACUCUGCAAAGCACUAUUUUAUCUCUGCAUAUCCGUUCUGAUAAUAGCUGUCGUGAUGUCAUGUUAGGAAAGAAGUUAAAAUAUUACGUUACAAUUUAUCCUAUUUUUUUUUUCUGUAUUUCAGUACUCAUGGCUAAUAUGUAAAAGCAUGUAUGUUUGUAUGUAUGUAUGUGUGGGUGGAAAUUUUGGAAAACUGUGAUAAUAUAAGCUUUGUAAAUUUGCUGUAAUAUGUAAAUAUCAAAAUAUGAUAGUGAUUAAUGUAAACUUUUCAAUGUACGAUGAUACGCGCCCUUUGAACGUCGACUCCUAGACUAAAAUGUAAGAUAUAAUGAAAAAAAUAGCAAAAUUAUAAUAUAAAAAGCACAUAAACACAUUUAUAAAUAAAAUUAUAGAAUUAUUCAGCUUGUGAAGCUUGAUUUUAGGUAAAAUUGUAACUAAAAUAUUAGUAGACACGAAAUGUUUCAAUUAUUAAUUAUUAUAAUGUCGAUGUUCAUUGGGUACAAGUUAAUGUUACUACUAGUGGAGACUGCUGCUAUUAUCAAACUAAUUAAUUUUGGUUCUUAUUUCCUAUCCUACAAAAUAGAACUUAAAAUUCUGUACAAAAUCAAUCAACACUAAUUAAUAAAAAUAUUAGAAGAAAUAAUUCUCUAAUUUCUCAACAGUUUAAAUCUACAAUAAUAAUAAUUUCACUUUGGUUGUGUUAUCCUACUAAUGUUAUAAGUAAGUUGUAUGUUUUGUUUGUUUGUUACUCCUUUACGUAUAUUGUGGUCUGGAAUAACGAUGGCAGAAGCUAGUUUAAAAUAAGUUUAUGUGACAUUAUGUUAUUACUACUUACAAAGAGAAUUUUGCAAUACGUUAAAAUAUUUUGGUACUCCAGUCCCGUAUUUGAUAUAAUAGCUAUAUUAGCAGCAGUCUCCGAGUCUUAGCUAGUUUCCCUCAGUAAGGACUAUUUAUGCAGUCAACUAAACAUAGUCAUAUACUAGAAACAUUGUAAUUAUAAACAUUAUGUAUCUGCAACUUGAGUUUCAACUGAAACUAGAACUUAUAUCCAUAGUAUUAUGGUCUCUUUUGAAUUGUACGUGAAAAUUAUAUAUAUUUUUUUAAAUAUGAAAAGGUUUUUUUAGUUAUUUUUUGUUAUUUUCAGUUGAAACCGGUUUUGGUUGAAAUUCAAGUUGUGUUCAGAUUAGAGAUGAAAACUCCCAGGAAAGUUUCCAUCUAUAAGGAAAGAUUCCUGAAAAAUUCCAUAGCUUCCGGAAGUUUUGGAAGUUUAUAAAAAAUAUUAUAAUAUCACUGAAUUAUAGCAUUAUUUCCCUUUUUUAAUUUUAUUAUUAUAAAUGGAGUAGGUACUAAUUUUGAAAAGAUGCAAAAAGAAAAAUAUGAAAAUAAUUCGAAGACUUUAAAGUUACCAAGCCCAACACGAUGGGGAGGUUUUGUAAUAAUGAUGGAAUCCUUUCUUAGUAACCGAGAGGCUCUCGAAGCGACAAUGAUUUGUCAAGAUUUAAGCAUUAAUCGGGAAAUUAAGCAACAUGUGCUUACGGAAGACAUUUGGAUCAAGGUCAAUGCAUACCACAAUAUCUUAAAGCCCAUCCUUGUGGCAACUACUAAACUAGAAUCAGACGCUGCAGUUAUAUCUGAAGUACCCCAAAUGCUUGAUUAUGUUAAAGAAAUUAUGUCUAGCGCUCUAAGUACUUGCGAAGUCGUAACAGAAGAAGAGGAACGGUACAUUAUUGGAGCUAUUGGGAAAAGGCAGCAUUUCGUUGAGAAGCCCAUUCAUUUUGCGGCCAACAUUUUAGACCCCAGAUUUAGAGGGCUUAAGCUGACACCUGAAAAAGUUGCGAAAGGGCAAGAAUUCAUUAACCAAUACGCCGGAAUACUUCAAAAAAAUACUGCUAAGAUCAUGGCAAACUUAGCUGAAUACCGCGCAAAAAGUGGUUUUUACAGUCAAACUGGUAUUUGGACUACUGUUGAUCAUAUUGAACCAAGAACUUGGUGGAGAGGUCUCUGUAACUGCCAAAUUCUAUCAUCCGUUGCCAGAAAAUUGUUAUCUAUACCUCCAUCUUCAGCGUCUACCGAACGAAAUUGGUCCCUUUUUGGAAAUACACUGACUCGUUGUAGAAAUAGAAUUACAACUGAAAGACUGCAGAAGCUGAUUACAGUGCGAGCCAAUAUAAGAUUGUUAUCCGAUAACCCAAACGAAAAUGUUUAUUUUGCUGAUAAGGAGGAGGAAUAUAUCAGUGAUUUAGAGGAAGAAGAAAUUGAUGAAGAUAUAGAAGAAAUUAGCUUCCAAGAGCCAGAAGCAAGCUUAUCUAAUUUUAAUGUGUCAGAAUCAGAGAAUUCAGAGGGAAUUGAUCCUACACAAGAUUCAUUGAAUUAGAUUUUAGCAGAAUCACUAAUGAUAAAAACUUAAAUUAAUGUUUCGAUUAUUUAAUUAGUAUUUUUAUUACUUUACGUUCCUUAAAUUAUUUCGUAUUUAACAAAGAUUGCAUCUAUUAUGCAUUUCAAGUCAUUGUGGUUACCUAAAAUAAAAAAACGUUGCUUUUUUUCAAGAAUAUUAUAUUUUUGAUAACUUCCAAAAUUCCCUUGUUUUGGAAACUUUCCAGAAUAAUUCCGGAAUUUUACCUGGAAAACUUCCAAAGUUUCAGAAACAUUCCGAAAUUUUCAUCUCUAGUUCAGAUACUAUAAAUAUGUGAAUAAAGCAAACGAUGGGAGUAUUCAUAGAAAUAAUGGAAUAAAAUAUUUUUCUAUGGUACCACGUAGUGUAGGUGUUAUGUUUUAGUCCUAUGUAGUCUUCCAGAUACCCUAAUGUAGAUCUCACUUGAGUUACAAUAAAUAUAAUUUACAUGGAA